UCUUCACAUACACUCGCUCUCCUUUUUGAAUGCGAGUGAUAUUUUACCAGAAAAAACUCACUCGCGCGUUGCGUUUCAAAUUUCCCCGAUUUUCACUCCUUUUUCUUCAGUUCUUCAUUUUUGAAACCGUUUUUCGAAAUCUUCCCAAAAAUUUCUCUUCUCAGCAAGAUCCUUUGGGGGCGCACGUUAGCACCUCUAAUUCUGUUAUUUUUUCUCAUCUUCAGUGAGUGUUUUUGAUGUACUGAAGAAGAAGGAUCAGAAAGUGGAAGAUUACAGUGUUGUAUUGUGGUUCCGCACUAAGGUAAAAUUUAGGCGGAAAAGUUGGUUAUUUUGAGUUCGGGUAUGAGGGCACGCCAAACUCUUCGAGAUGGCUUCUCGACGUACUCGUCGGAUGUUGAUGAUGAUAAAUUGGAUACUUCAGUGCAUGUGCAGGAGACUCUAUUAAAGGAAUCGGUGAAUCCAUCAUGGAGAUUGUCGUUGCCGCAUGUACUUACAGGAGUCAUUUCUUCCUUUUUAUUUGGUUACCAUCUUGGGGUAGUAAAUGAACCACUUGAAAGUAUUUCACUGGAUCUUGGUUUUAGCGGGAAUUCCCUGGCUGAAGGUCUGGUGGUGAGUACGUGUCUUGGUGGUGCAUUUCUUGGGUCUAUUGUAAGUGGUUCGAUAGUAGAUGCUGUAGGGCGUCGUAGGGGUUUUCAGUUGAGUGCUUUACCAAUGAUUAUUGGGGCUUUUCUGAGUGCGAGAACAGAAAGCCUGGAAGGUAUGCUUCUUGGGAGGUUUCUAGUUGGAACAGGAAUGGGUGUAGGUCCAUCUGUUGCCUCGCUCUAUGUAACUGAGGUUUCACCUUCUUUCGUAAGGGGUACUUACGGGAGCUUUAUCCAGAUAGCAACAUGUCUUGGACUUAUGUCAUCUCUGCUCAUCGGAAUCCCAGCCAAGGAAAUUGCUGGAUGGUGGCGUGUGUGUUUCUGGGUAUCUGCAAUUCCCGCUGCAAUAUUGGCUCUUGCAAUGGAGUUCUGUGCGGAGAGUCCUCAAUGGCUUCAUAAGAAAGGUAGAUCCGCUGAGGCAGAAGCCGAAUUUGAGAAGCUCUUGGGAGGCUUGCACGUCAAAUCUGCGAUGGCAGACCUAUCUAAGUCAGACAGAGUAGAUGAGCCAGACACUGUAAAGUUUUCGGAAUUAUUUUAUGGCCGCCAUUUCAGAGUUGUUCUUAUUGGAUCAGCUCUAUAUGCGUUUCAACAACUGUCAGGAAUAAAUGCUGUAUUCUAUUUUUCUUCAACCGUUCUUAAAAGUGCAGGAGUUCCAUCAGACAAGGGAAACAUCUGCGUAGGAAUUGUAAAUUUAUCUGGGUCAAUUAUAGCAAUGACUUUGAUGGAUAAACUAGGAAGAAAGCUUCUUCUUCUUGGAAGUUUUUUUGGCAUGGCAGUAGCAAUGUGCAUUCAGGCCUCUGCAUCAAGUUUUAGUGCAUCUGGAGCCUCACCAUACUUAUCUGUUGGUGGGAUGUUACUGUUUGUCUUGAUGUUUGCGUUGGGAGCUGGACCAGUUCCAGGUCUACUCCUGCCAGAAAUUUUGCCCAAUAGACUGAGAGCGAAGGCAAUGUCAUUCUGUUUGGCGGUUCACUGGGUUGUUAAUUUUUUUAUUGGAUUGUUGUUCUUACGUUUGCUGGAGCAACUUGGGUCACGGACAUUGUACUCCAUUUUUGCUUGCUUCUGUUUGACAGGGUUCGUUUUUGUAAAGAAGAAUGUUGUUGAGACCAAAGGAAAAUCUCUACAAGAAAUUGAGAUUUCUUUUCUACCACAAGUUCCACCAGUAUAGAGGGAAUUCAGAUACAUCCAAGAAUAAGAUGCCUCCACGAAUGCAGAUUUUCUGGUCUGAGCAACUAAAUCCAUGAUAUUUCUUGUCCAGAAUUGGUGGCUUUAUAUGGUUACAUUAUAAAAGUUUUGCUGAUAGAAGAAGAGCGCAUAGGUGGUUCAUUAUACAUAACACGGAUGUAAAUUCUGAGAGAACUUUUUUUCUUUCUUUCUUAGCCAUGGAAACGUUGUGAUGAUCAGCAUUCCAUGUUUAUUUUGUUCCCGGGAAUUUGUUAGCUUAGCUUAAGAGCUACCACAAGUCUUUCAGUUGGUAGUGAUAGAUCUUUAGGUAUAGAGAAUACUCCACAGUGACCAUACUUCAUUUGAAUUGCAACAUAGAAAUGUGAUGUUAUCUAUAUAAUAUAUAAAUUAAAAAAAUAAUAAUGCAAUGAACGUUUGGUACAGGUA